UUUUGAGCUUUUGCGCCUUGUGUCCACUGAGGGCUUCCGUCGUCCUCCUGGUGGAAGAAUGGCCGGCUGGAUGUGGCUCCGCUGUAUGUUAGGGCCUCAUUUGCAACGAAUUCACCGUUCAACGGAGCAGUCUCGACCUGAAAGCAGGGCCGGGAGGAGGCCGGGAUGGAACUACCAACCCAGGACUCUGGAGAAACACACCGACAGCAUCCUCGGUUGGGCUUCAGCACUGUGGUCUCUGUCCUACUACAGCUCUCCUCUUCUCCUUUGUUAUCUGUACAGGAAAGGUUACAUCUGCAGCAGUAAGCUGGUUCCAGUGAGUCAGUACCUGGGAACAGUGCUGGUGUGUCUUCUAGGAGUGGCCUGUCUUCGAGGGUGGGGGAGAUGGAAAAACUCAGAGUAUCUUCAGUUUAUCUCCAUACUUGAAGAUGUCAAGAAGGAUCAUACACCAACGACCAAGAACAAACUGAGGUGCUAUGACUUUGACUUCUCGUACUGGCCUUCGGAUUUCAGCUGGACGGAAGUCAGCAAUCCAAAACUAUCCAAGGCUGGUGUUUCUCUGCUAAAGCCAGAGCCCAAAUUAAGAGGAGCAGCAGACAGUGUCCUCAACUCUGUGCGCACUCUACCAUGCCACAUCAUCAGUUUCCUUAUUGCCCACUCAUUUGGGAGGAGGAUGCUGUACCCUGGCUCUGUAGGGUUACUGCAGAAAGCCAUGAGGCCCAUGCUACAGCAAGGCCAGGCUAGGUUAAUAGAAGAGUUUGACGGCCAAAGGAACAAACUUGUGGCCUGCGACGGCAACGAGAUCGACACAAUGUUUGUGGAUCGAAGGAGAGACGGCGGGCAGAUUGGCCAGACCCUGGUCAUCUGCUGCGAGGGGAACGCAGGCUUCUAUGAGGUGGGCUGCAUGAACACGCCACUGGAGGGUGGCUACUCUGUGCUGGGCUGGAACCACCCUGGCUUUGGAGGCAGUACGGGAGUACCAUUCCCCCAGAAUGAGGCCAACGCCAUGGAUGUAGUGAUCCAGUAUGCGAUGCACAAACUGGGCUUCCAGCUCACUGACAUUGUCGUGUAUGCUUGGUCCAUAGGAGGAUUCACAGCCAGUUGGGCAGUGAUGUCAUACCCAGAGAUCCAAUCAGUGGUGUUGGAUGCCUCCUUCGAUGACCUCCUGCCUCUGGCCCUCAAGGUCAUGCCCGACAGCUGGAGGCCGUUGGUGCAACACACAGUGAGGCAGUACAUGAACCUCAACAACGCUGAGCAGCUUCUCAAAUAUCAGGGACCAGUCCUGCUGAUCAGGAGAACCAGAGAUGAGAUCAUCACCACAACAGGUCCAGAGGACGUCAUGUCUAACAGGGGCAACGACCUCCUGCUCAAACUGCUACAAUUCAGGUAUCCAAAAAUAAUGACAGAUGAAGGAGUCAGAGUUGUCCGACAUUGGCUGGGAACCUCCAAUCCCUUAGAAGAAGCAUCCGUGUACAGCGGCUAUGAGGUGGAUGAUGACUGGUGUGUGUCUGUGCUGCAGUCCUAUCAGGCAGACAGAGAUGUUUUGUUUCCAUGGAGUGUCGGUGAGGAUAUGACUCUGGAGGGGAGGCGGCAGCUGGCUCUCUUCUUGGCGCGGAAGUACAUGCGAAACUUUGAAACAACACACUGCACUCCUCUCCCCGCCUCCGAGUUCCACUCACCCUGGAGACUGUAGAAAAAGAUGGAUGGAUGGAUGAGAGGAAACAAGCAGCAGAGGGUUUGGACGGCCUGUGGUCAAGAGCGUGUCGCUGGCAUGGUGUGAAUGUAUUACUGUGAUUUUGUUCCAGAUUUUCUCCAAGAUAGGUUUCGUUGUCACAUAUAGUGUUACUGUGGUGGCAUCUGGAAAGAGCUGGUCUACUACUACUAAACCCCCCCAUCAACCCUUAGCCACAAACCUGUUCAAUAUAAUAUGGUACAUGAUUUCUGUUGAGGUUAGUUUUUAUUCAUACUGUUCAGUGUUAGUCUCCUAAAGGAAAAAAAAAAAGAUGCAUUUUAUGUAAACGCACAAGCCAUCUCUCUCCCUCCAUUGUUCCCUCUUUGGCUGUAUUUGUGAAGAAGCAAUUAUAAGUAAGCUACAAUUUAAAUAAUAUAAUCUUAAUAGUAGAGGAGUUUUAAUCUUUAAAAUGCAGCCAAAGUGUUAAAGCUUUUCAGGUUUGUUUCUUUUCUGUGGACACUAUCUUUACGAACAAAGCUGUAUCGUUAAAUGAUUAAAUGCUCUUACAUGUUCUGUUAAAUAUGCUGAAUAAAAUGUUUGACAUAA